AUGACGAAGCUUCUCACCCUAUCUCGAAAGCUGAGCCCGGCCCCCCCCAUGAAGGAAGGAGACCGCUUGUAUCUGGGAUCUCGUUCUUUUGAUCCAAACCUCAAGACCAGAGUAUCAAUGUCUGAGGCCUCCCCCCGACCUCCUCGGCUGAUUUGUUGUGUGUUCAUUAUAAAAAGUAACGUCACCUGCCAUUGGGAACCCGGAGACAUUUCAGCCACGCGCUACACCCUGCAGGUUCAGAGGUUCAGUUCUGGUAAUGGUUCCCUAAAGACGUUCACCUGCACCACAAAUGGCUCAAGCUGCACUACAGGAAUCGGCAGCUCAACAGUCAGAAUCGACUUUUGCAUCACCGUCAUAGCUCACAUUGGAAACACUAAUAUUACAUCAAAACGUCGGUGUCAGCCUGGUAGGAUAGAAGCAAUCUUGCCCCCAGUUAUUUUGAACAGCGCAGAACCAGUUCAUGGUUCACCUGAGUGUCUGACGGUGUCUUGGAGCCGCAAGAUUCAGCUGUUUUUUGUUUCGGACAAUGAAAUCAAAGACCUAAAUUCUCAAAUUGAAUUCAAGGCACUAGAGCAGUCCACACUAGUGGAUGUUCAGGUCAGAAAUGUGACAGUGACUGGGUACAGUUUCCUGGCUUGUUUCUUCACACCUGACACCUCAUACAUCAUCAGGCUUCGCAACCGCUACCUGGGCCCGGCAAGCCCGUGGAGCCCAUGGAGCAACGCACUGCAAGGAAGAACAGCAGAGGACGCCCCGUCUGCAGCUCCAACCCUCUGGAGGCAGGUGAAGCACUCCAGCAGCUUUGGAUGGAGACUCGUGUCUCUGCUGUGGAAGCCUCUGCCUCACUCUCUGGCCCGUGGCAGAGUUGUCUUCUACAACGUCUCCUGUGAAACAGAAAAUGCUCAGGUUCUUGGUGAUCACGGGAGCUGCAACAAUUUGCAUGGUGUGAAUACUUCCUGCAGCUUGCAUCUCCCCUCCGGACGAUGCUCCUGCGCUCUGACGGCCUCAACCUCUGCAGGGCCUUCACCACAAGCUCGAAUCUGGAUCCCCGUUGUCCCAGAGACAGAGCCACCAGCCCCGCAUCAAAUCGCUGCCUCUCCGCUGAAUGACUUCAGCUUGGAGGUUCGGUGGACGUCCCCACAAAAUCGAUCCGUGAGCGGGUUUGUUGUCGAGUGGUUUGCUGUCAGAGAGAAAAGCAGCCGCGUCCUUCACUGGGAGAAGCUGAACAGUUCCUGCACGAAGCUGCUCAUCACUGAGGACGUGAAGCCGAUGGAGCGUUACACAGUUUCUGUGAAAGCUCUGUACGGGGACCACGGAGCAGAAACGUAUCAAACACUCUACAUUUAUACACGGCAGGGCGCGCCCUCUGCUGGUCCUAAUGUGAAAGGGCACCACAUCUCAGGCAGCUCAGUGGAGCUCCGCUGGACCGCUCCGCCUGUGGAGCAGCUUCAUGGCUUCAUCUGCAACUACACCCUCUUCUACAACUCCCACAACCAACCAGCAAGACGCGUCAUCAUUCCUGGUCACAUUCACCACCACACUCUGAAGAACAUGCCGCCUGGCAUCUAUGACAUCUUCAUGCAGGUCAGCACUGUUGCCGGCACUGGUCCAGCUGGGAGCCUAGUGAGAGUGAACAUAGGCUCUGAGGACGUGUCCCUGGAGAUGUAUGUUGUCGUCUCACUCGCCUUGAUGUCACUGGUGCUGAUGGUGAUGGCCUGCCUGACACAGAACAAAAUGGUGAAGAAAAAGUUGUGUCAGGGCAUACCUGAUCCAUCCAACAGCACCUUGUCCCGCUGGACCCCUGAAACUAAUUUAAUGACUCAGCAACUGGUGGGGGGACAGGAGAGGUUCGAUGUCAAAUACUCUGAAGUGAGUUUGCUUGGUAAGCUGCAGGAUCCGGAGCAGCACGUCUACCCGCCUGGCUGUCGUCUUCAGAGUCAUGCCUCCUUCCUGCUGUCUACAACACCUGUCAAAAUAGAAAACACUUUCACCAGAGACCUACCUGGAGACAGUAAAUUUCCCAUCAGUGAUCUUAACACCACUCCCUGCAUCUACGCCAGCAUUUCCUGCUGUUCAGGCUCCAUGUAG